AUGUCGACGCAAUCACCGACCCCUCCAACGCCCAAGGGUCCUCGAAACAACAACAACAACAACAACAACAACCAUCACCACCGACGCAAUCAGAAAAGAAACAUGACCCCUUCAGCGCAGAAAGUCGCCCUUGUGACGACUCCUCCUUCAUCACCUCCGCGGAUUUCAAGUCCGGGAGAUACCACUACGGAUUCUUCAAACAAUGUGAAUAUGUCGAAGAAAAAGCCCGGUCGGUCUAACAAGAAACCCCGGGAUGCGCCGCGAGCAUCCCCAGCCCAGAAAAGCGGCCACCGACACACUUCCUCGCACCCAAAUAAUGCCAUGACACCUCAGUUAAAGGACAGCCCUCACUAUGCCGGUCCCACUUUCCACGCAUCCCCGGCGCCCUCUGCUCUCCCGAUACCGAGUUUCUUUUCCAAAUCUAUGCCAGAUUCCGAUAUUGCAACUUCACUGGAGCCUGAUAACGACAACUCCGAUGCCGGACCGGAUCUGGAAUUUACGCCGUCAAAACCUAAACCCCGGCCUCAACUCCAACACGACGAUAACAAAUCAACACCCCUCGAUUUCCUGUUUAAAGCUGCCGUUGAAGCCAGGAACACUCAACCACAAUCCAGUCCCGAGCCUAACAAGACUAGGACCCCUCAAACAGACUCAAAAACCCUUCAACAACGCAAAGCCGAAGGGGUAACCAAUGGAAUAUUCUCCCUAGAAAUGGAAAGUCCCAAGACGCGCAGUUCGCAAAUUGGACCCUCCUUCGCUACGCCAUACAAGGAUCGCAUGAACGCAUUGCGGUCGGCUAGCUCUCCUUCUCCGCCCAUGGCAGAACUUGAUGAAGACCAGCGAAGAGCUAAAACAGAAGCUUUAAAAAGCCUGUUGCUUAACCCACGUCCCCAGAGGCCCUCAUCUGCGUCGACCCCGGCUCAUGAACAAACCAGCGCGUUCAAGGAACGGCCUAGUCCUUGUCCAAGUGUUCCUCAUUUUGCGACCCCGCUGCGGACCAGCUCCGGACCACCGGCCAUUAGCCCGUCUUACCAUGCCAUGCACGAGCCAAGACCUUGCAUGGUUGGCAACGUAUCCUAUUCACCAGUUCAUGAGCAUACGUAUCUCGGUGGUGCCCAGCCAACGCGGGCCUACAACCCGGCGCCGAGGAAGGAAAAUUUAACCUCAAUCCCUGGGAACACCGGAGACUUCACGGGACAGCCAUACCGUUCCUCUCACGUCGCCUAUGAUACGAAACAUCCGUAUAACUCGUCGCAUUCCUACUCCCCUGUUUACCAACAGUCUCCUUCGUCCCGCCCUAUGUCAACAACCACGCCAGCUCAGACACUCGACACCAAGAAGAUGGAAGAUGAUUUGCGUCGAGUUUUGAAGUUAAACGUGAGCUCAGGCUUUCCCUCCAAUGGAAUCCAGAGCUCUUACGCAUGA